UCUAUUUCCUUGUUCUAGAGUUUUCACUUUUCCAGAUUAAUCUAUAAUUAUUUAGACAAUUUUAAUUCCAAAAUAUACUCUGUUAAAGGUGGAUGAGAAAAAAAUUUCAUCAAAUUGAAUAAAAAAAUUGAAAUCGCGCGCAGAUUUUCUGGAUUAAAUUGGCUCUGUCCAAAUUUCUAAUCAGUUGAUGACGCGACGAAGCUUGAAUACCGUAUUGUUCGUCUCUUUUCACAUAAUCCUCGCAGUUUUUUUUUUUUUUUGGAAUAAUUGAAAGAAAUAGCUUGGCAUUGUGAGGAUGUGGACGUAGUUGAUGUAGAUCAUCCUCGAUACCCUUCAUGUGGAAACAUGACUCUACGGCCUUCUACCCUGGUAUGGAUGUGCUGAUCGUGUACAUUGUCGUGUCCCUGUUAUGUAUAUAUAGCUGGUUGUCGAAUGUCGAUGCAAUCUUACUUGGAAAGCUUAAGCUAGUUUAUAAUUCAAUCCUUUGUUCAAUUGUUGUGACUUGAUUUUUUGUUUGCAUUAUUUUCGUUGUAAGCUUGAAUUCCACGUUCAUUGUUUAACUGAAGUCUAGCUGUGAUUUCAAUGGAAAUCGAGUUUAAAAAAGUACUUUGGAGCUUUUUAAAAGACAAUUAGCAGAUGAAACGUUGAUGCUGCAGUGAAAGUCUAGAGGUCGAAUGAAAAGCACUAGACAGUGUACCAAACGGACAGAGGAAAAGAGAACUUUUUCGUGGUUUUCAUAUAUUUUAGUCUGUUUGCUUAUUGUUAUAUGCUAGAGGAUCCUAACUGGAUAUGUGAACCCUGGUUAUGUAGAAAAUAUCAAUUACUAUUAAUCAACUGAAUGACUGAUUUUGAUUUUUAGAAUUAUCAGUCUUCCAAUUUUUAACUGCAAUUUAGGAUGUCGAAGAAAAACUUAACUGUAUAUAUGAACCAGCUUUUGUUAUAAUGGACUUGUGCAUAAAUUACUCGUGCAGGAGAUAGUAUGUUUGCAGUGUGGUGACGUAGGAUUCCGUAAUUCAUUUGUGUACUGUGUCAAAUGCGUCAAAUAUGCUGUGCAUCGGUAAGUUGCAUAAUGAAGUUUUUCCUUUCUCCCGCUAUUUCCUCAUUGAAACUUUCAACUUCUCCAUGAACCAAAGAAAAAUGAAAAAUGCAGAAAUAAGAGCUUAGAUUACAUUCAUCAUCUAUGAUUAUCAUACAUCUUCGAGCUGCAGGCAGCUGAACGUGACAUGUUACAGCUUUCUGUUUCUUUUUAGGUUAGAUAUAUGUUUAUGUACCUACGUUCAAUGUAUUGUUUUACCGUGGCUUGUGGCCCUUUUCGGAGGAGCAGCUUCUUCAGAGGAGAAUUUAUAAUUUAUUUAUUGCUUUAUUCAAACUUGUAAUUUUCUUCUUUUCCAGCUAUUGCCUUAACGUAGUACCCAAGUCACUCGAUGAAUUUGUUCGAUGGUGUGUGAUGAUUGUGAAGCUGAGGUGAAAAACCAACAGCCUCACCUAAAAAAUUACAACACUCGUAACAAAACAAGAGACUGCUCAGCUUCAGAGCAUAUUCAAAGUGACUCUGGAACGAGAACGAAGGAAAAAUGUAUAGUGGCGUUCACGAUAGAUGAGCCUGCGUCUCAAUCUUACGAUCUGUGUGCAAAGAUGGACUUGGUUGAACUGUCUGCAACUGACAGUGACUGUCAUGCUGUGGGCUUGAGAAUGAUUGACGAGGCUAUCGUUCUUUCAGCAGCAGAUGAAAGCAAAAAACGUGAGCAGAGCUCUUCCCAUUCGCACAAGGAGAAAAAUAUCGAGGAUAAUCUGUUUUUGAGUACGUUAUCGGCUGGUGAUACAUCUUGGAAAGAUUGUGCCAAGGAAAAGAGAAGUGCGAGUCCAGUAUCCGACCUGAGAAAAGGCCGGGAUACACUUUGUAGUAACACCUCGGAUAGGCCUCAUGAUGAAUGCACUAAUGUUGGCUUCAGUGAGCGUGGUAAAUUGGCUAGUGAAACUACAUUAUCGGUAGAUAUGAAGGGCAUUACACCCUCUUUGAAGAGAUAUUACGGCCUGCAUCGCGGGUCAGAUGUCAAGACUAAUCCUGUGUUGUCUCGUUUCUCGUCAGACAGUGGUUCUUUGGGAAGUUCAAAGAAGAUGAAACCUGACACGCCUUCUGCAGCUAAUCUCAAUGACCACAAGCGUAAACCUCUGUUUGCUCAACGCGUCAAGAAACACAAAGGGUUCGACUCAGGAACUCUGUCUGCUUGCAUGACUGCUGAGAGGAGCAUCAAUCCAACUUGUGACGGGUUUCCAAAGGAUUCAACAAUCUUACCACCGGAUGAUUGCCAAAUCCGAGCCGAACCAGUCAUGGAACCAAUUUGGAGGGGAAGUUUCAGUAUAUCCAACAACGAAGACGAAAUACUCGAGGAUAUCAUGGCUCAUAUGUCUAUAUCGGCAUGCCAGAAAGUAUACAACGAGGCACGCCAGUUUAUACCACUGCUCCACCUAGAAAUGCUGCCAAGAUCUCAUGUCUGGCCACUACGUUUCGAGAGCUCAGAAUCGAGUGCUGGAAACAUCGCACUCUAUUUCUUUCCAUCUGAAAGAAGCGAGCGAUUUUAUGAUAACCUUGUUGAUGAAAUGGUGGAAGAGGAUCUUGCUCUGAAAGCCAUUGUUAAGAAUGCUGAGCUUUUGGUGUUUCCUUGGACGAAACUGCCAUUAUCACACUGGAGAUUUCAGGGCAAAUAUUAUAUGUGGGGGGUCUUUAGGGAAAAGCAGGCUCGGGCAGCAUCACGCUGUCUGUCUAGUUACAACCCGGUGAUGCGUAGAGAUCGCGUGGAUGAAAAUGGCGUGUUGUUGCAGCACAUUUUGGAGAGGAAAGCCCCAUUACUCCAUUAAGCAACUGCAGUAGUUAUAGUUUUCGUACUUGUUGAAUUCAACUAUAUAAAAUUCUAGGUGAAUAUAAUCUGUUUCUUGAAGAAAUGUGUAAAAUCUAUAUGAAAUUCUAAGUGAAAUAUAUUUUGGUUCUUAAA